GUUUGACUGACGUGCGCUGUAUAAAGCAUCAGUGGGAGUUACUUCAUUCCUGGUGCUUUCAGUUGUGUCAAACGUGCUUUGGUCGUUGUAUUUUCCCCUUAUAUUUAGCCAAAAAAAAGUAAUUGAGUAAAGAUAGAUAGUAAAAUACCCCCAAUUAAAAGAUGAAAACCAGGUUGCUGCUUUGCCUGCUUGUUGCCGUGGCAGCUGCAGACCCCACAGUUUAUUUUAAGGAGGAAUUUUCUGAUGGAGAUAUCUGGACGCAGCGAUGGAUUGAAUCAAAGCACAAAUCCGACUAUGGAAAGUUCAAGCUGACUCCUGGCAAAUUUUAUGGUGAUGCUGAGAAAGAUAAAGGACUUCAGACGAGUGAGGAUGCCAGAUUCUAUGCAAUGUCUGCAAAGUUUGAACCCUUCAGCAACGAAGGGAAGACUCUUGUUGUCCAAUUCACAGUCAAGCACGAGCAGACAAUUGACUGUGGAGGUGGAUAUGUGAAGAUCUUUCCAUCGACCCUCGAUCAGUCUGAUAUGCACGGAGACUCCAACUACAAUAUUAUGUUUGGUCCUGACAUUUGUGGCCCAGGAACCAAGAAAGUCCAUGUGAUUUUCAAUUACAAAGGGAAGAAUCACUUGAUUUCCAAGGAUAUUCGUUGCAAGGAUGAUGAAUUUACACAUCUCUACACCCUCAUUGUCCGUCCAGACAAUACUUAUGAGGUGAAAAUUGACAACCAAAAAGUUGAAUCAGGCAGUUUGGAAGAAGACUGGGACUUCCUCCCACCCAAGAAAAUCAAGGAUCCGGAAGCUAAGAAACCAGAAGACUGGGAUGAACGUGCAAAGAUCGAUGAUCCAGAGGAUAAAAAACCUGAUGACUGGGAGAAACCAGAACACAUUCCUGACCCUGAUGCCAAGAAACCCGAAGACUGGGAUGAUGAGAUGGAUGGUGAAUGGGAGCCACCUAUGAUUCAGAACAGUGAAUACAAGGGUGAAUGGAAACCACGUCAGAUUGAUAAUCCAGAUUACAAGGGCAAAUGGAUUCACCCUGAAAUUGAUAAUCCUGAGUACACAGCAGAUUCCAGCCUUUACAGUUACAAGGAUAUUGGUGUGAUUGGUCUAGAUCUGUGGCAGGUUAAAUCUGGGACAAUAUUUGAUAAUUUCCUGAUCACAGAUGAUGAAAAAUUUGCAGAAAAAUUUGGAACAGAAACCUGGGGAGCAACUAAGGAUCCAGAAAAGAAAAUGAAGGAGCAACAGGAUGAAGAAGAGCGAAAGAAACGAGAGGAGGAAGAGAAGGAUAAGGAGGAUGAUGCUGAAGGAGAUGAGGAAGAGGAUGAGGAUGAAGAGAAAGAAGAAAAAGAGGAAGAUGAGGAAGAGGAGGAGGAGGAAGAAGAAACAGAUACUGCUCCAAAGGAUGAGUUAUAAAGAUUGUAACAAAUGUUGGGAGAAUGAAUGGCAGCAGAGCUAUGUGCAGAAAAGAACCUUUUACACAAAGCAAUUGGGACCCCUUAUUGGAAUGUUCUUUUUGUUUACAAACAAAUUAGAGAAAUGAGUUAGGGUCUUUAGGGUUGGGGGCAAAAAAGGGGAUGAGAUCUUAUAUUGGAAAAAUAUAUCCACUGAGGAAGGGACUACUGAGAUUUCUAAACCUUGAUUACUAAAAUAUAUUUGGAUCACUAAAGAUAUCACCUUCAUAAUGGUGGGGAAGGAUCUAACCCUGAUAAUGGAACUCAGACUGUUUUGCAUAUUCAACACAGCAAUCUGGAUACAAGAAAUAGCCACAAUGAUCCUGGAAAUCACCUGAGCAUUGUUCACAAUGGGCUGGCCUUUUUUUGCUGUUUUAACUGAGGCGUUAACUUUUUUUAACCUCCUAUUAUAUGGGUCAACCCCUCAGUUAAAAGUUGGUACAAGCCCUUAAGUAUAAUUACAGUAAUGCUUGUUGCUAGUAAUUUCCAAACUUUGGUUCUUAUGCUGUUGGGUUAGUUUAUUUUGUGUCUACUUAUCUAGAUGGACAUAAUACACUGAACCAUGUCUGAGAUCUUACAGUUGAUGCCAGUUAAUUUCCAGGGAGCACUGCUUUAUAAGGUUUUUUGUUUUUGAACCACUCAAUUCCCAAGUGUAAUUAAAAUCUGGUGAUGGGGUUUAACAUAAUGGGGAUGAUCUGAUUUAAAUUGACCAAUUUCACUUCCAUCUGGGGUUUUCCCAUUAACAGGCUUCAACUGUAAGUGUAAUUGUACAGCUGCCUUUAUCCACUCGGAGAACAAUUGUGUUGAGCAGGACUGCACUGGUUAUAUACAUGGAUGUUUAUUGGCUCCUUCCAAAUCCAGGGUCAACUUUGCCUUUGUAUUUUGCAUUCUUUAUAUAGGGGUUUCAAAGAGGGGCAGGGGGGAUUCUUUAUUUCCAACAAAAAAAAAGGAGACUUAAAAUUUCUGUACAGACCAAGUCUAAAAGUUUUGUCAUUUUAAUCCGUUAUUUAAAUGUUGUAAAUUGGUGAUUUAAUCGAUGACAGUGUUUGGAAAACUUGAGUUCUCUGUGUGCAAUACAGAAAUACGUUUGAUCACAUUUCUACAAUAAAUACCAAUGGAAGUGAAA